AUGCCCGCAACUAUCCCAGUAAUGAACGAUACCGGCGUGGCGAACAACGUCACUGGCGUCGCCGGCGCCGGUUUACGACUCGCCCUGCUGCUAAACGCAGUAGCAUGUCAGGUCGCAAACCUCGGCGUCGACAUUCACAGCAUCUCCAAAGGGAUUGCGCUCUUCUCGACAAGUCUCAAACAGCUCGGCCAGAGCCUACAGGCCGAACACUCGGUACACACUCGAGAAUGUAUCGAUACAGCGCAUCAGAUCAGCAAUCAAGCUCGAGCGGUGUUUGAGGAGGUGGAGGAUAUGCUGGAAAGAGUUCAAAAGGCAGAAGUAGAGCCAGAACAAAAAGAUGUUCCCGUACAGCAGAGGUUCAAGGACUGUUUCAAGAAGCAGCGCGUUACCUAUUUGUUAGCACAGUUGGAAUUGCUUAAGUUGAGUCUUAUGGUGAUGACACAGAUACUGCAUCUUGGGCGCUUGCAGGAGGUUAAGAGUGUCUUGAAUACCCUCACCGACGAACUGAUCGUCCAAGAACGAGCCGACGCUCAAAACAUGCUCAUCGUCAGGUACUGGUCCACCAAGAAACUCGACAGAUUAUACGAACUAGCUCGACAAGAAGCAAAAGAAGCUCCACGUCCAGCCGUCCGUUUCGACUCAAAUGAGAAGAAAAUAACGACUCCAUCCAACAGUCCAUCUUUGACAAAACUCCCAAUCAUCCCGCUGGGAGUUGAAUCGUCACUCAACUCUAUGGAGGAAUCGCCAAGUGAUAUGCUCCGACUGACUCAGGAAGUUCUAGAUGCGUUACUGAUACGCUGGAUUAGAGUUGAAGCCGGUCAGAGCGUGAGAUCCAUGCCACGGGCUUAUGUAUCGUCCGGAAGCGACAAUGAGUUAUCCGACGACGACAGUAUCGAUCACCCGACCCAAGGGUAUUAUAUCGAAGGAGUAACCACAGACUGGCGAAAGCCUCACUCGCAGGAAGCUCGAACUCAGGCUGCACAAUUACGGAAGAUGUAUUCCGAUAAGCAGGCGCAUGUCCACAGCGACUCUGAUGGUUCUGAAGAUUCGAUUGUCAAGAGCGGAAAGCGUCAAGGCCAUAGAAAAAGGCAUCAUAAAAGGGCGUACGCCAAUAGCGAGUAUGACGAUAUGCCGGAACAGGGGCAGAUGGACAACAGUACAACUACCCCGACCACAUCUCGACCAUAUUCCUACUCCACGACCAACACAGUCCCAGGCUCCGAUGCCGAAAAUCACUGGCGGCACGCAAGCGGCUCUUCAAAACCUCAACCUACCGUUCAGACUCAAACUCGACCAAUUCCGGUCCCUCAGCCAAUGACAAACAACUUGAGCGUGAACACCGGCGUACAACCAGAACGCCUAGCCACCUCGCAGCCAGGAGCAAGAGGUAUACCAUCGAGCCCAUCAAUACGCAACGCGCCGUACGCAAAUGGCUCGUCUUUUUCUUCCUACUACAAGACACCCACAAAUGGGUUUCCACCUACACCUUCAAGCUAUACUCAUCAACAAUCAUACUAUUACCCUCCACAACAGCAACAGCAACAGCAACAGCAACAAUACCGACAGUACGCUAACCCACCACCACCCAAUUUCGUGCGAACCCUAUCAGACAAUACCCUUCACCCAUCACAACAACAGCAAUAUCUCACGCCUCCAACCCAACAACACCGCCACCGAUCAUCACGCAACAACCGAACCUCAAAGGGGAGCAGCAGCGGCAGCGGCGGUACGCGUAGUCCGUCACCAUACAACCGCCACAAAGACCUCAAACGAACGGCCAUGCGCGGAAUACUAGGUGCGAGUGCCAUAGGCGGGUUUAUGGAUGCUUUGGAGGCUUUUAGUAUUAUCUGA